AUGGAAUUAUUACCUAUCAAUGUAAUUACUUAAAUAUUCAAAUUUUUGAGUGUUGGCGAGAUAUAUUCUAAAUUAGCAUUAUCAAAACACCUAACAUAAUUAUUAUAGAAUCAACAAGUACAAAGAUUAAUAUUAUGCACAUAUUAUCCAAGACAAUUGAUGCUCAAAUUUUCAAAGGAUCAAUACAUGAAUCUUCUGAAAACCUUAAAGAAUGGAAGAAUAUUAGAGCUUCCAUUCUGGGGGAUUGAAACUAAUGGGGGUUUGACAGGAAAUAGUUUAAGAUUUUGGAUUGGAAAAUCAUUUAUGAAUACAGAUAGUCAAUAGGUAAGUUUAGCCAGGUUGGAGAAUUCGUUUAUUUAAGGAAUUCUAGCUUUAGACUCAAUUAAUCUAAAAUCAGCAUUAGUUUAAUACACAAAAAAAUUUAUCUAAAUUUUGGGGAUGGAAUUAAGCUAAACAUUUUAUACUUCUAAUUCUUUAGAUGUUUGUGCUGAAAAGAUCAAGAUCUUCGACUUAUUUUUAAGUUUUCAAUAUUUAGAAGAUUUCGAAGAUCAAAAUAUAUUUGAUGGCUUACAAUAUCUUUAUCUUUAUUAAUAUUGUAAAAAUCUUUAAAUUGUUUUAAUGACAUCUACAGAUCUUUAUAAUUUAAAAGAUGAUGACUUUCAAAUUUUGCCUUUAGCCAUAUCACUGGUUAAAGGAGUGAAGAUUUGCAGAAGGACUUUUGCUGAUAGGAUAAUUAAAACAAUCCUGUUAAUCACAAGUGAAGAUCAAUACAUAAAGGAUAACACAAAAUAGAAUUUAAGAACAGUUGAUGAAUUAUAUAGUUUGAUUAAAUCGAAUGGAAAUCAAUAUACUCCUACUUAAACAAAUAUCCCAAUUUUAUAAUAGUUUUGUGAUUAAGGCUAAUUUGACAACUCAAAGUAGCUGGAGUACCUUUAUUGCACUUUUGAACCCAAAGGAUAAUUAUAACCCUUAUUAUGGCUGCAGUUUGUGAAUCCAAAUAAUUAUGAGAUUGCUUUAAAUUUUAAUGAAUUUACUUAGAGAUUGGCUAAAUCAGUUCAACUAAAGUUUUUUGAUGUUGAUUAAUAAGAAGAUUUUGAAUAUAGUGGAAUUUCAUUUGGAUAUGUUAGUAUCUUAGGAUACAUUUUAGAUUCUAAGGACUUAAAUAUGCUUUAAGUUAAUUGA